UUGUUUUUGUUUCCUCCCAUUGAUAGAGCCCAAGGAAAAGAGGUUGAGGAAUGAAGAAUCUGAAGGAUCAUUCAGAGAAGCAUGAGAAAAAGAGUGCGAAUGGAAUAGUGGCAGUGGGAAUAGACAAAGACAAGGGGAGUCAAUAUGCACUCAAAUGGGCAACUGAACAUCUCCUCGCGAGAGGCUCAACCCUAGUUCUCAUCCAUGUCAAUGUUAGGUUAAAUCAAGCUUCAUGGUCAUGGAAUAGUAACGUGGACAAGGGAUCAUUGCCAAACAAAAACUCUGAUAGUCACACUGAGGAAAUUUUUCAUCCAUGCCAUGUCUUUUGUGCACGGAAAGGCAUACAUUGCAAGGAUGUCAUACUAGAAGAUACAGAUGUAGCGAGAGCUUUGAUUGAAUAUGCUUUUCGCACAGCUACUGAGCAUUUAGUUAUUGGCUCUUCAAGUAGAACUGGCUUAUUCAGAAGAUUCAAGUUAGUUGAUAUUCCAGGAACGGUGACAAAAGGAGCACCGGAUUUCUGUUCUGUCUAUGUUGUUGCGAAAGAAAAGAUUCAAACAAUGCGAUCAGCUUCUCGUCCUGCUCCAGCCACUUACCUUCCCAGCAAGCAUAUUCAAGGAAGCAUCAAGCCGAAACUAGCAGAGACAAAUAUGCCAUUAAAUAAUCAUGCACAUGAAAAACGAUCCACUGGUGGACAAAGUACAUUAAAGGAUGAAACUGAAUCCUUCAGGUCACCAUUAACCAGGAAAAAUUUGGAUGGCAAGUCACAUGGGGAAAAUUCCCUUCCAGGAAUGUCGAAUAGCUCAGAGAUAGACGGGAACUAUAGCUUUGAGUCAUUGCAGCAUCAAAAGGGGUCAAUGGAUAUUAGCUCUCAUCUGGAAUCCUUCUCAUCAGAUGGUGAUGGACUUUUAACGUCACAUGGCACGGACGAUAUAGAGGCUGAAAUGAGGAGACUAAAAUUGGAGCUUAAGAGAACAAUGGAAAUGUAUAGCACCGCCUGUAAAGAAGCACUCGUGGCACAGCAGAAGACAAUAGAGCUCCAACGUUGGAAAAGGGAGGAAGAAAGGAGAUUGGAAGAGGCAAGGCUUGCUGGGGAAGCUGCAUCUGUGGUUGCAGAAAAGGAGAUGGCCAGAAGUAAAGCAGCCAAGGAGGCUGCUGAAGCACAAAAGAGGAUUGCAGAACUGGAAGCACAAAGGAGGGUUGUUGCAGAAGGGAAAGCAGUGAAAGAAUCAGAGGAGAAAACAAAAGCACUUGGUGCUUUAACAAACAUAGACAUCAGUUAUAGAAAGUAUUCAAUCGAGGAGAUUGAAGCUGCAACGGAGCUCUUUGCAGAUUCUUUAAAGAUUGGAGAAGGGGGUUAUGGUCCUGUAUAUAGGUGCCAUUUAGACCAUACCCCUGUAGCAGUAAAGGUUCUACGUUCUGAUGCAACACAAGGGAGGUCACAGUUUCAACGAGAGGUUGAGGUACUGAGCUGCAUAAGGCAUCCAAACAUGGUUCUCCUCCUGGGAGCAUGUCCAGAGUAUGGCUGCCUUGUCUAUGAUUUCAUGGCCAACGGAAGCUUAGAAGAUCGCCUCUUUCGUCGAGGAAAAACUCCCUCUCUUCCUUGGCAGCUUAGGUUCAAAAUUGCAGCCGAAAUAUGCACUGGCUUGUUGUUUCUGCACCAGAGAAAACCAGAGCCUCUGGUGCAUAGGGACUUGAAACCAGCUAACAUCCUGCUUGACAGCAACUAUGUGGCCAAGAUCAGUGAUGUAGGCUUAGCCAAACUAAUUCCACCAUCUUUGGCUGACAGUGUGACACAAUAUCAAAUGACGUCUGCUGCUGGAACUUUCUGCUAUAUAGAUCCAGAGUACCAACAGACAGGAAUGCUUGGGGUGAAAUCUGAUAUAUACUCCCUUGGGAUCAUUUUCCUGCAGAUUUUAACAGCUAGGCCACCCAUGGGUUUGACUCAUCAGGUUGAGAGAGCUAUUGAGAAAGGGGCAUUUGCUCAGAUACUGGAUCCAACAGUGCCUGACUGGCCUGUAGAAGAGGCCUUGAGCCUAGCAAGUAUGGCACUUAAGUGUUCCCAAUUAAGGCGAAAAGAUAGACCUGAUCUCGCCAAGGUUGUCUUACCUGAACUGGGCAGAUUGAAAAAUCUUGCUUAAAAUAUUAAUUACCUUGCACCCUCAAGUGGUUGUGCAUCUACAUUCAGCCAUAGCCAUGUCUCUGUACAGCAUCUUGAUGGGCUGGUCUUCCACUUCCCUGUUCUGGGAUGAGCACGAGAAAAAAUCCAUGACCAUUUUGGACAAGAAAAACACAAUCCCGUGCAGGGAAGAAAAAGCAAAAAGAGAAAUUUUCUAUCAGAUUGAGCUCCAGGACAAAGCAUAAAAUGCAUCAGUGUAUUGCUGUGGUAGCCAUUAGCAGCAUUCUUCGAGCAGUACCGCUUCAGGGGUUUUUCAGGGUCUCAAAUAAGCCCCCCACCACUGAGAUGGUUUUUUCAGCGUCUCAAAAAUUUUCACUAGUUUUUUUGAUCCCCAGUAACACAACACAAAAGUCAAAUAUAAUUAUAUUUUUUAUAAAAAUUAAGAGCAAUGACUACAUUUCAUUUGGAAAC